CGGACCGGACGCAGUCGGGAGCGGUCAAGAAGCACUGCUGCGUGGCAUCACGGCAGACCAGACGACGAGAUGGCAUGAUAGGGCGGCAGCAUGGUUGGGCUGGUGCAGCGAGACGUGUUCGUGCCCAACGUCAGUCGCUUCGAUCGGUUCCCUAAUCAGAUGUGCCGCCUCGGAGAACAGGGAGCUUCCUGGCACCAAUCACGACUGCCGAGGGUCUGGGCAUUGGGCGACACCGCAGAGUUGUUACCCGCUUCGAAGAUUUCCAUCUGGUGCCCAACGAUGCCCUACCGCUUCCCCGUUCAUCGCAUUGUGCUUGUCGAGCACCGGCGUCAGCAAAGUGCAGUAUGGCAGAGUGCGAAUGGCUUGGAUCAUGGCCAUGGGCGUUGUGCGGGCGUAGACACCAUUGGAUGGCGACCGCAUGGAUCUUCCCAUCAACUCAUGUCUGGCCAGAGAAAUCGUCACUUGCACCCGCUUGGUCGUUGCCCGACUCGCUCACCUCCAUCUUCUCGAAAUUCCAUCAUCCGGGGAGCGCCAAGCAACCAAAGUCACGAAGUCGGCCUUGUAUGCGAGUGAGUGGUGUUGCGGGCAGUGAGCACCGGCUUGCUCCCACCCUUCCCAUCCGGCUUCCCGGUCCAUGUUGGGCGCACCGAGCGACGCGGAACUGAGUUGAACUGAGCUGCGUGUCAAGAUUGUCAUUUUCCAUUCCACCGGUCCUGCUGUGUCGGCCACUUUGUUGUCAGUCUCGGUCGUGGAAGUGCUGCUCUCGCCACCCGGCCCCCUCCUCCUUGACACCAGCGCGGCCAGCGAGGGGGGAUAUAUGUCUCCAUCGUGGAUCUGAAUCGGCUUCGUCUUGUCGUUUGGGCUUCUCAUCCGCCAGUCCCGCGAGGACACAAGUCUCAGCAAAACCGCACCGGCGACGUUGAAAAAGAGGAGCCGGAGCGAUAUUCCCCAGCAGCGCCCAAGCUAGACUCCGCUGCUAGUCCAUGGUCAACCGCUCUGCCGGACCACAGCCCGAUUGCCAUUCGGUCAAAGACACAUCCCAGUGAGGUUCUCGCCGCCCGCGUGGAGACCCUGAUUUUUUUAUGAAGACUUUUGGUACUCGGCCAUCCAAGGAAAUCCCGGCCGCAGGUUUUUUUUCUCCGUUGCCCUUCUGGACUGAUUGCUGUUUACCCUCUGGCCGCGCCCUAUCGCUCCGUGGAACCGUUUCGAUUUUCUGUUUUGUAUUUUGUGCGUUUUUCUUGAAUUGUUUUCAGCAAAGAAAGCAACACUGCCACUUGCGGGUGAGCGAAAAAACAGACGACCCGGGAAGCCGCUUUUUGGAGAUCCCAGCCGGGAGCAGGACAACUUGAAAAAAAAAGAGGAACCACCAUGGCCCAGCCGGACUUUGCGUACCGUUCCUCGGCCGCGGUAUCCAAUGACCGAUGGCUACAAUCGCGCAGCCCGAUAUACAGUGAUCAAUAUCACAAUGGCAGGUUUGAGACGGGGAGCAACCCGUACCUCCCACAGAGCGAGAGUAACCGGCAACCUCUUUCCAGCGUGACUUACACACAUGGAAACUCUUCUUCAUACCACCUCCCAGCCAACCUUUCGCUCGGGAAUGUCAGCCAGGUAGGGCGAGCCGCGGCUGAGUCGCCCUUUGCGCCAGCGACAGCCUUCAAUCCGCGUAUGACCCAACCGCCAAGCCAGUACUCGAGCCCGGCGCCACCAUCUCAGGUCUCAUACAAGGGCAUGAAUGGUAUGAACGGCAUGAACGGCAUGAACGGUAUGAACUCCCAGCCUUGGGAUCACCAGAGGCAGUAUCAGGGCGCCCCUCCUCAGCAUCAGCCCCCACCACAGGGGCCAUAUCAAGGGAGGUACUCGCCAUCGGGCUCCAUGGAUGAUCUCAUGACGUCUCCCAACAUGUCCGACUACUCCCUGGAGAACUCGGCCAUCGGAAUGUCCCAGCCAGGGAACAAGAACAAGUUGAACGGAAAGCCACGAUCGCAGCGACGUCCGUCGAACCGGGAUGAGUUUGAUGGGCCGCACCAGUUUCUGAAGAGACCUCCGCCAGAGUACAUUGCGAUGUCCGAACGAGACCUCCCAACUCUUCCGACCCAUCUCCUUGUCCAAGAGCAGGAUAGUGUCCUGACUCAGGUCAACGACCGGCUCUCGCAGUGCGCUUAUGACUUUGUUGCCAAGUACCAGUUUCCGAUCCCACUUACACAGGACAUGCGACCCGUCGAGCGCCCGCAGGAUCGUGAAUGGACCGAGUGGGUGUACCUGCUGAAAAGGCUGGCAACGAAAAGGCGGAUCCCCGCCCGGGUGCUGUACAACGGCCAGAUCAAGCAGUUUGUGACGAUUUUGGAGAACUCGUUGGAGAUGCGACAUGCGGCAAAGCACCAGUCUCGACCGCUGAAAGACGACCGGAAUAUUUUGCAGCUCAUCUCGGCGGGCAUCCAGGUGGCCAAGAUCCUCAAGGAUGCCCAGGCCAUGGACUAUUUGGACAGGCUGUAUGUAUCAACGGAACAGCAGAUUCAAGAGCGAGCUGCUGCCGCGGCCGCGGGGAGGUUCCGUUGA